AUAUUUGAUACCAGCAUGGUCCUGUUCAACAAGUCUGCCAAUCAUCAAAUAAGAGGUUUUGCUUUGGCCACUGUAUUAUGGAUAAUGUGCAGUACGUCUAUGGGCCUUCCAGAAUGGCAGAUUUGGUACUUGGACGACCGCAUGUUUUCCUACAAAAGUCUGGCUUUUGUAGGUAUGUGGCAGGCCUGUAUCUGCCACCACAAGGACAACUUCAGCAAACUGACAGAUUGUCAUUACUACAACUACUGUAAUACCCUUGUUCCUUUGGAUAUCAGGGUAGAUCAACAUCUGCUCCUGGUUGCAAACAUUAUUGGUCUGGUUGGGACAACUUGUGCUAUCCUUGCUCUACAGCAGUUAUACAUGGGAAAGCUGCAGAAGAAUAAUGACUACAAUCUGUUUGUUCUUUCAGCUGUCCUCAAUGCUGCUGCUAGCACCUUCAUUUUUCUUGCAGUUAUGUGUAAUUGUUUCUCUGCGCCCAGCAAAGAGGGGUUAUGCUUCCUGCCUCCUUUCCAAAUUCCACUUUUUCCAUAUGCUCAAAGAGCAGAAGAUGCUAUGGGAGUGGCUUGCAUAUCUGCCAUACUGUUUUUAUUAAGUGCUAUCAUUUUUAUUUCUUACUGUCCUUCAAUGGAAAUCAAAAUGUUUUCCCUUGUCUGA